AUGGCUCGCAGAGGUCAAAGAUCCGACCUACAUGUUGUGUAUCAUACACCAACGGAAGAUGAUGAUGAGUCUUUUGAUGACUUCAAGUCUGCUCCUUCUGAUAGUGGACCUGCUGAAUCAGAGCUGGAUCCGUCUCCGGUACCAUUCCCUCCUGGGCAUGGUCUCAAGUCAUCGGCCAGUCCUGUUGGUCAAGUAAAACAUUCUGCAGGAGCUAGUCAUGUACCAGUCUUAGUCCCACCAAAAGGAAUGUCUUCUAGUACCUUUACUGCAAUAGCACCUCCACCACACAAAACUAAACCAGGAAGCAAUGCAGUGAGACUGUGUGGAUCAGAAGAGAAGCUGAGGACAGGAAAUGAUGACUUUGGAGAUUUUAAGGCAGCUGGUGGUGAGGCCCCAAUCCCUUCGCUUGGUCUAAAAGGAAAGGACGAAUGGGGAUCAUUUGCUGGACAACAGUUCAAGCAUUCUGCUUCAGAAUCAAAUCUGCAAGGAUUGAAUGAUCGCUAUGCAGCUCUGCGUGAUAUGGGAAGUAGUCUCUUUGAUUCAGACCCACUAACUACAAGCCAGCCUGCCAUUGGUGUAGCAGGAAAUGAGGAGGGUGAGUUCGCAGAUUUCCAACAAGCAGGUGUCCUUCCUGUAUCAUUGUCUGACACAGCAAGCAUGAAUAUUCCUGGAAAUCAAGGAAGUUCUUUUUCAGUGACUGAACAUCAUCAUCAGCAAAACCUUGGUUUUGCUGCAUUUUCUCCUCCAAAAGAAGGGUCUGACUGGGCAGAAACAGCAAAGCAAGAUAGAGAUAUUACAACAUCUAGUCCCCAUGAAGAGGAAUUUGAAGGCUUUUUUAGUACAAGGUCCAAUGAUUCAAAUAAAGAUGUAAAAAACCAAAAUGAUGAAGUGGUCACUGAUAAAUAUAGCUCAUUGGCUGGACUGCACUCCUUUUUAGUGGAUAAAGAUGAUGAAGUGGAAGAGUCUUUCUUUGGAGAUUUUCAGGCAAGUUUGAAACCUCAUGCACCAACCUCUUCUGCAUCAGGAUCAUCAAGUAAAACUUCUGUGGUGCCAUCAAACUCUGGAAUUACUUUGUUCCGUCUUACCCCUCCUCCCAUGACAUCAUCCUCUCCUAGUGAAGAUACUCCAGGUGAUGAUCGUUUCAAUGCGCUCAGAGAUCUUUCAGCUGUGGAUCCGUUUGAUGAUGUUGUUACUUCUCCAGGCAUAGAUGGUACAGGGGCUGACUAUUAUGAAACACAGUUUACUACUGUAGAGAAUGUAAAAGUAUCCCAUAAAGCAGAAUUAGAAUUAGAUGAUUUAAACAUUAAUGACCUUCCCCAGACAACUCCACAUGAAUUGGAACUCACUCUUGACACUCCAAGUAGCACCACAAAUAAAUCUUUUCCAAUUGGGUCCAUCAAUCAAUUAGAUUUGAAAAACUAUGACCUAGAUCUGACCAUGGAAAGCAAUGCUAAAGGGAUUACUAAUGAGCCAAGAGAGAGGGUUGAAUCAUUUGGUGAUUUUACUGCAGCCAGUACAUCUGAACAGGCUCCUUGUGCUAAAGAUGAUUCUGGAGGAUUAUCUUCAUCAAGUGGUCCCCCUCCCUCUGCUUCUGUACAGAGUGAAACAUCAUUCUUUGGAGAUAGAUACUCUCAAGUUGCUGGUGAUUCUUCUAAUGAAGGACGCCAUUCAUCUGAAUGGGAGAAGUGUCUCAUCAAGUGUUAUGAAGUGAUGAGUAAAGCAAACUCGAUCUUCAAUAACAUAAGUACUUCAUCAGUUUGUAGUGAAGUUAUUGGAUCAUCUGCAGGGGUUGAUUAUUUAACAGGUGUCAUAGAAGUGUACAGAGUUGCAUGUAGAAUAAUAACAUCCAUACAAGCAUUAGGUAAGUAUUGAUGAAGAAAGUGUAGUUUAAUUUGAAUUAGGGUUAUUUUACAAUCAGGGUACUAUCGGUGAAUUGCCUUCUGUGCAUCAUGUGUAUACAUGUAUAUUCCAACCUGUCCUGUCCAACCUUCCUUUAUGUUAGUGCAGCAUACUAAACCAGAAUUUUUUCUUAAUCUAAUAAUUACUUGAGGCAAUGGGAAUUCAACUUCAAUUAAACUUUCCUACACAAAUUCACAUAACAUACAGACACAUUG